UCGAGUCAGUAAAAAUAAUAGUUCAAAAAGAACGAAUCGUUCGCGAACUGAAAGAGGUUGCCAAAACGGGACCGGGUGAAGUUUCACUUUAGAAAGCACCUAUUGUUGACAUUUGCCGAAGUUAUUCAAUAGUAUGCCACGUAGAGAAAACGAGAACAAUAUAUUAGAUCCAUGCAAUCUUUUUGCUCACUCUUGGCUGUCUAAACAACUUGUGUUGUCCUUUGCAAGGAAAUUGCAGGAACCUUCCAGUUGCGUUUCACGGUAUCACUCGGAACUAUUUCUUAACCGGAUUAUGGGAACACUAGCUAUCCUCAAAGGUUCAGGAGGAAAAACGAUGAAGGAAAUUACAGUUUAAAUGAUAGCGUACGUAGUUUACAGUAUAAUUAUAUCAGAGACGUGAAAUAUACAGCUCCAGGAGAAGUGUGAAGUAUUCAAGUAUGGAGUCGGGUCGACGGAAAGGUCUCAGCGGGGUCCUGUCUUCCUUGUCACUGCUCUGUGUCAUACUGGACCUCCAGUUGGACGGUGUCUUGGGGGCAACUCAUGUGGAGAUUGAGCAGCACUUGGACAUGGGCCGUAAGCUGUUGGCCGCCGGUCAACUGGCGGAGGCCUUGUCCCACUACCACUAUGCAGUGGAGGGAGACUCUAAGAACUACCUCACCUACUACAAGCGGGCAGCUGUGUUUCUGGCAAUGGGGAAGUCCAAAUCCGCCCUUCCAGAUCUGACCAGAGCCAUCCAGCUCAAACCAGACUUCCUGGCUGCCAGACUGCAGAGAGGGAAUAUCCUCCUGAAGCAGGGCAACACCCAGGAGGCUCGGGAGGACUUUGAGGCUGUGCUGCAGCGCUCCCCUGACCAGGAGGAGGCGCAGGACCAGUUGAUGAGGGCAAACGAGCUGGAGGAGCUCCAGGAGGAGGCCCACGCGGCCCACCACAGAGGAGACUACAGCACCACCAUCACUGUGCUGGACCGCGUCGUAGAGCUCUCCCCCUGGGACCCUGAGUCUCGGGAGCUCCGGGCUGAAUGCUACAUCCGCCUGGGAGACCCCAGGAAGGCCAUCCAGGACCUGACUCCCACCACCCGGCUGAGGAACGACAACCGAGCUGCCUUCCUCAAGCUCAGCACCCUGCACUAUAACCUGGGGGAACACCAGGAGUCACUAGGUCACGUCCGGGACUGUCUGAAGCUGGACCAGGACGACAAGGAGUGUUUCUCCCACUACAAACAGGUGAAGAAGCUCAGCAAGCAGCUGGACUCUGCCGAGGAGCACAUCAAGGAGGAGAGGUAUCAGGAGGCCAUAGUCAAGUAUGAGUCAGUGAUGAGGACAGAGCCUAAUGUCCCGUACUACACCAACAAAGCCAAUGAGAGGAUCUGCUUCUGCCUGGUCAAGAAAAAGAUGGCUGCUAAGGCAAUAGACAUCUGUUCUGAAGCCCACCAGAGAGACCCACGCAACAUCAACAUCCUCCGAGACAGAGCUGAGGCUUUCAUCCUCAACCAGGACUACGAGAAAGCGGUGGAAGACUACCAGGAAGCGAGGGAGUUUGACAUGGAGAACAAUGAGAUCAGGGAAGGUCUAGAGCGAGCCCAGAAACUGCUCAAGCUCUCCCGGAAGAGGGACUAUUACAAGGUCCUGGGUGUCAAUAGGAGUGCCAACAAACAGGAAAUCAUCAAGGCGUACAGGAAGCUGGCCCAACAGUGGCAUCCUGACAACUUCAGAGAGGAGGCGGAGAAGAAGGAGGCGGAGAAAAAGUUCAUCGACAUCGCCUCUGCUAAAGAGGUGCUCACCAACCCAGAAAUGCGUCAGAAGUUUGACUCGGGCGAGGACCCCUUGGACCCAGAGAGCCAGCAGGGUGGAGGAGGGGGUCAGGGUGGCCAAGGGCCCUUCCACUACAACCCCUUCGAGUCCGGCAGCAACUACCACUUCAAGUUCAACCACUAGUGAGGACGAGAAACAUGGGGGGGCUGACAGAACCGGAAAGGACCUACGAUUGGAGGAUUUAAGGCCUAUGACAGCCCGUGGAGUAAUUGAUGGAUGUACCCAGGCAUUGUAUUUGGGGGAUUGUGGGUAAUGUAAUGAGACUACGGGGAUGUGAAUGACUGUCAAAGGGCGUUGGACUACUACUGUCAGGUGAGGGGUUGCAUCGUACAGAGUUAAACUUUCCUAACACAGAGUCUACAUGGAUGAGACUGAGUGACAAUGUUGUCAGCAGUUGACUCUGAAAAGUAUUUAAGUAUUUUAUUAGGAUCCCCAAUUAGCCGCUUCCAAGGCAGUGGCUACUCUUCCUGGGGUCGAAACAGGAAACAAAAGACAAUAAAUAAUAUACAUAAUACAAUACAAAAUAUAUAAAAAUGUCUGUGUCUCUCCACAGUCUCCGUAAGGUGUUUUUUUAAUCUGGUUUUAUUGCUGCCUAAUUAUGUUACCUGGGGUGACAGAGAGUUCUAUGUAGUCAUGGCUCUAUUUAAUACUGUGUGUUUCCCAGCCUCUGUUCUGGACCUGGGGACUGUGAAGAGUCGUCUGGCUGCAUGUCUUGAGUGGUACUGAUGAGUGUCCGAACUGUGUACCAACUGCUUGAACAGACAGUUCAGUACCUUUAACCCAUCAACACCUCGCACAAAGACCAAUAGUGAUCCAGUCAAUCUCUCCUCAACUUUGAGCCAGAAGAGAUUGACAUGUAUAUAUCAAUGCAAUUUUCCACUCGAGUGGUCGAAGAUGUGAGAAUGAAGACCUGUAUAGGUGCGCUGUUCAGUCCUCCCAACUAGACCCAGGCUGUUGAUGACGUCAUUGCAUCCGUGUUCCAGUACCCAUGUUAUUUUCCUUUGGGAUGUCUGUCUGCUGCUUUUGCUUUGUGUUUGUGCAAUUUUUUUCGCCUCAUUCUUCCUCAAAGGGCUCGUUUUGGUAGCAAUGUAGCUCUUUUGGUUUUUGCUCUGCUAGAAUAGCCUGUGUGCCGGACUCGUUCUCCAUUCAUUUAAUAAUGCUAAGACAAGCUCAAGUCGGAUAAAAGCAGAUUCAGACUGACACCCAAGCUACUCAGAUUGUAUUCAGAAAAGCACAACAUUCAGAGCUUUCAGAAUGUUUUAUAAGAGAUGGAUGUCGGCGCAUUCAUACUACUUGCGCUUCCCGGAGCAGAGCUGUUGUUAUGGAAAUUAUUUUAUGUUUAUACAGGACCUUUCACCCCCACCUACUGUCAACCAAUCAUGUCAAUGCAGAGCUACAGUUGAAGUUGGAAGUUUACAUACACAUAGGUUAGAGUCAUUAA